AUGACUAUUCCAUAUCCCUUACUGGCCCCAGACUGCUAUGGGAUGACCAUCCCCAGACAAUCCUGGCAGGACAGGAACCCUCGACACCUGGACCGCGCUCAUGUGGAAGCCGUGUUUCGCGAGAUGAGGGCGCAAAAGUCCCAGCCAGUCUUGAAUCAAAGAAAAGAGCUGCCAAACCGCGCGGGCUGGAGAGAGAAACUCUCACGAAAAUUCAGCCGCGGAUGA